UCUCUCUCUCUCUCUUCGCUAUGCUAGUUAACAGCCGGCUAUAAGUAGCCCUGUCGCUGGUCUUUCCAAAUUCAAGUGUACCGAAGAGAAAGAUCGAAGAGAGAGAGAGAGAAGGAGCGGAAGAGAUGUCGAGCACGGCUGGUCAGGUCAUCAAAUGCAGAGCCGCGGUGUCUUGGGAGGCCGGGAAGCCAUUAGUGAUCGAAGAGGUCGAGGUGGCGCCUCCCAAGGCCAUGGAGGUUCGGCUCAAGAUCCUGUACACUUCUCUUUGCCACACUGAUGUCUACUUCUGGGAAGCGAAGGGCCAGACUCCUGUGUUUCCUCGGAUCUUUGGCCAUGAAGCUGGAGGAAUUGUGGAGAGCGUGGGGGAGGGUGUCACCGAUCUAGCUCCGGGGGACCACGUCCUCCCUAUUUUCACGGGAGAAUGCAGGGAAUGUGCUCACUGCAAGUCCGAAGACAGCAACAUGUGCGAUCUCCUCAGAAUAAACACAGACAGAGGAGUGAUGAUUAGUGAUGGGCAGUCGAGGUUCUCCAUCAACGGUAAGCCCAUCUACCAUUUCUUGGGAACCUCCACCUUCAGCGAGUACACGGUCCUCCAUGUCGGAUGCGUCGCCAAAAUCAACCCCGCAGCUCCGCUCGAUAAAGUCUGUGUUAUCAGCUGCGGUAUAUCGACAGGUUAUGGUGCUACUGUCAAUGUGGCAAGGCCACCAAAAGGCUCAACAGUGGCUGUUUUCGGCCUUGGAGCUGUAGGCCUUGCAGCUGCUGAAGGGGCAAGGGCCUCAGGGGCAUCAAGGAUUAUUGGUGUUGAUCUUAACCCUAAGAGAUUUGAGGAAGCUAAGAAGUUUGGCGUGACUGAGUUUGUGAAUCCUGCAGACCAUAAGAAACCUGUUCAAGAGGUGCUUGCCGAAAUGACUAAUGGUGGAGUUGAUCGGAGCGUUGAAUGCACUGGCAACAUAAACGCCAUGAUAUCUGCAUUUGAGUGUGUUCAUGAUGGUUGGGGAGUUGCUGUACUUGUCGGGGUGCCUCACAAAGAUGCUGAAUUCAAGACACACCCUGUGAACUUCCUUAACGAAAGAACCCUAAAAGGAACCUUCUUUGGGAACUAUAAGCCACGUACAGAUAUCCCCGGGGUAGUCGAGAAGUAUAUGAACAAGGAGCUGGAAUUGGAUAAGUUCAUUACGCAUUCCGUGCCGUUCUCUGAGAUCAACAAGGCUUUUGACCUCAUGCUCAAGGGGGAGAGCCUCCGCUGUAUCAUUCGAAUGGAUGGCUAGACGAGUUACUGCAUUGCUAAACCAGUAAAAAAUAAGUCUCUCUUGCAGUCUAAUUAUGUGGUAUAUGGGAUUAGUACUUUUUUUAUGUUUCUUCAAGAUCUUGACUUGACAGCCGCUGUUUGCAGCUUAUAAUAAAGAUAAUGGCUCACUUGUGUUUUUUUUCGCAAGUUUGAUUCAA